AUGCAGUCUGCCGCCGACGAAACCGCUGCUCGAUCGCCGCUUGAGAAGCCGCUCCACCAGCUCACUGAAGAUGACAUUUCUCAGCUCACUCGCGAAGAUUGCCGCAGAUUCCUCAAAGAGAAAGGGAUGAGAAGGCCGUCGUGGAACAAAUCGCAGGCAAUCCAGCAAGUGAUCUCACUGAAAACCCUACUUGAAGCUCCGCCGGAGUCCGACGACGGCCAACCUCCUCCGCGCAGGCGCUACAUUCCGCGUCCCGAUAACGCCCAUCGUGCCCCUGCAAAUCCCUCUGUUUCAGUGAGAGUAACCGCCGCCGAUUCUCCGAUCUCUGUCCCUGCCGAAGAAUCUGCUCCCUAUCGCCGGCAUGAUCCUCCGCUUAAUGACAUCACGGGCAACAAUCCUCUUCCUCCUCCAUCAGCUCCGGCCGUCCGUCACGCCGCCGCAGAUAAUGAUUCUGUCUCCCCCAGAAGUACAGGUGCAGCAGCUACCGAGCAAGCAGGGCAGAUGACCAUAUUUUACUGUGGGAAGGUAAACGUCUACGAUGGUAUGCCAAGAGAUAAGGCUCGAGUUAUCCUGCGGCUCGCUGCAAGUCCACUCCCCUUGACUCAGGAUAGUUCACCUGAUGGCAGUCAACCAGUAUGGGCAUUUCCUGGCCAAUCAGAAACUCAAGGUCCCAAAGCAGCUUCAAUUUCAUCAGCAUUGGGCUUCCCUUCCAUGCAAACUGUGAAACUGGUAGAAAACUGUCAGCUGCAAAGAGACAACUACCAGUUAACUCCUGAAGUCAACCAAGAAGGCCCUGCGAGUAGAAAAGCAUCGGUGCAGAGAUAUCUGGAGAAGCGGAAAGACAGGUUCAAGCACAAGAGAAAAGUAGGCAUGCCCUGUGUGACGGCUGCUAAUUUAGACAUUUACUACUUAAACAAUCGGAUGGGCGAUCAAGUCUCAAAUGAACACUGGAGCUCAGGUGAUGCUUGCUCCUCUCCUCAAUCAAUGCGGUGCAUCUCAGUUGAGAACCCAGCAAAGCACUCCAAUCUCGCUGCUGAUCUUGGUGCCAAAGAUGUGCAAGAAUGUUAG